AUGGCUCUCGAAAUAGCGGCUGCCAUUAUUGGCAUUCUUGCAGCAGCCGGAAAAGUUGCCGAAAUUCUGGGUCCUGUGGUCUCAACCUUGAAAGACGCCAGCAAGAACGCCAAUGCCGUCCUCUCCGAGGUCAACAACUCAAGAAUCAUUCUGGUCGCGCUGCAGAAAUAUUUAGACGACUUGGACACUGCUCCAAGAGGGCGAAGGGAACUCAUACAGGUUGCCCAGCUCAUCACCGCGCUUACCGAUGGAGUUCUACUCUUCUCGCAUCUGGAGGGCCUCGUUAUCCGCCUAGACGCCGAUAACAUAUGGCCUAAAAGAAUACAGUGGGCACGAAACGACAAGAAACUGGCAUCACUCGUUGCUAGAAUGCAGUGCUUCAAGAGCUCGAUAAGUGUGAUGCUGAACAUACUUCAAUGCGAAUCGGACCUAGAAGCGCAUCGUAGCCGUGAACUGCUUUCGUCAAUUACUUCAGACAUCUUGAAGAGCAAUCUCGAGCUAUCAAGACGUAUAGCCUACCUUGAAGAAUGCUUCGACACCAGCAAAUCCAUGCGUGUAUACCGACCAGUUGGCUUUACGCAAACUGGAGGACUUCCUCAAAAUGCUGCUAUCGAAAGGCUGCAAGAGACGAACACACGACUGUCUUUGGGGUCCCUUGGAGCCGCACAAAACUUCCAAUUCGAGAGCGAUCUCAAGUCUUCAAGGGUAUACCGCAAGGCAAAGAGACACACGGCAGAUUAUUCAUUUCGGAGCUCGAUCGCCUUAUCACACGCCUGGUCCUCCAUGUCGGAUAUUAGUCUGUCGGAUAUUUCCGUUGUUUCUGUGGUUGCUCUACCUAUAACGCUGGACGACGUAGGGGACUUGGGCCACUACACGUUUCGGGAUGUAGUGUUGGAAGAUACUGGUUCUGUAGUUGACGAACGGCAUCUGAGGGAUAAAACAGUCGCCAAAAGCCGCAAUUCUCCGUUACAGGACCCAACACCUUCUACCCCUACGGCCUCAUUACCCAUAACGCUGCAUGAGGCGCUGGAACAUACCCUUCUAACGCAAUUAUCAUGCAAGCUCAGUUUUUAUCGUCAAAGGAGCAUUGGAGGCUGA